GGUCAUAGCUGUCAGAAAAAGAGCGGUCGAAUAGUGCAAUCGCUGUACACAUCCAAAACAACACAAGCACAAAGCCGAUAAAAAGUUAUUUUUUGCAGGAAAACUAGGUAGGAUGAGCCCGCAACCGUCUCUGCAUUUGCGAUGGAACAAUUACAAAGCCUUCGUGACGGGAGCACUCGAUUCGUUUCAUCAACAAGAUAACAAGAUGCUGGAUAUAACGCUGUUUUGUGAGGGGCGCAAGAUUCGCGCCCACAAGCUGCUGCUCGCCGCCUGUAGUGCCUACUUCAAGGAGCUGUUCGAGCUAGUUCCUUUGCAGCACAAUCACAUAAUAAUAUGCUCAAACAUUUCGCACGAUGUCAUGAUGUCGCUGGUACAGUUUAUGUACCUGGGCGAGGUGAACGUGCCCCAGGAGCAUCUUGCAGAGUUUUUCCGUACCGCCGAUAAGCUGUCCAUCUGGGGACUGACAUACGACCCGUCGGACCAGCCGGCGGCGACUGCGAGCGUCCAGCAGACAUCUCAAUGCGUUGCGGUGCAGGAUCAAGCUAACACCACAACAAACAAGGUCGAACCUCCGAAUCUUGUUGAGGCUGUACCGCUAAUACAAACGCCUUUGGAUACUAAUAUCGCCACGCAAAUAACCGAAUCGCGUCUAUCAACCGUUUCAACUAGCAACCAACAAAAAGAGGAUCGCUCACCUCAACCAGCUGACGAUGGGCAACGUGAACACACGCCCAGCUAUGCUCCGGUAAAGAUCGAAUCGUAUUCGUCCGAAACAGAUACUCCCAAUGAGGACACUGAACCGCAGAAGGUUGUUGAGAUACGCAAGAGGCGUACUUCCCGCAGGUCAACCUCUGUACCGCGGAUGUCUAGCGUGUUACGUGCCGUACGAAAACCGCAGCUUUGUCGCAAAUGCGGACGCAGAUUCGGGUCCGUGUUUGCAAUGAGACAACAUUGGUAUGCAAGGCAUUUUCACUCAUGGUGCCCUUAUGAGUGUCCCGUGUGUAUGGCUAGGUUUACGACCAUACGGACGUUGUCACUGCAUAUCCUUCGAUGCCAUCUGUCUGCGCAGUAAGACACUGAAAGUUCUUUUUGCUUGGUUUGCUAUAUUUUUUAUGGAUUUUUUUUUUUCAUUUUUAAAUGAAUGUACUGCACUAUGAUAUGAAAUUACUCACAAUACACAUCAAAUGUGUACAUUCCUUGAAGGAACUACGAAAUGUUUGAAUACGUUGAUCGAAACAUUGUUUAAUAAACUGCAAUAUUUGUAAUUUAAUUCUCUACUUACUUAAUUCCCCACCAGCUUCCGUGUAUUGCGACAGGAACCACUCACUGUCUAGUUUAUCUCCUGCAGACUGAACGUAACUGAAGGCUUACUUUGCCUUGGUAGCUUCCAUAGCAACGACAUU